UCCUGGCAUAGCAGCCGCCUCCGGCGCGGGCCGACCCUGGGGCUGCGCGCUGGGGCCCGAACGGCCAGAGCGUCGGCGCCACAGCCGAGUGCACACCUCCGCCGCCGAGCUGAGCCGAGCCGGGCCGGGCCGGGUCGCCGGGUCUGACUACGCCGAGCACCCGCGGGCCGCGGCGGUGCCCUGGGGGCAGGUGCCACCAGCCAUUGUCCAGGCAGGUGUGUGCCAGCCAAGGAAGCAUGAGGACGCUGGAAGACUCCUCCGGGACAGUCCUGCACCGUCUCAUCCAGGAGCAGUUGCGCUAUGGCAACCUGACUGAGACCCGCACGCUGCUGGCCAUCCAACAGCAGGCCCUGCGGGGUGGGGCCGGGGUCGGGGGCACUGGGAGCCCCCAAGCCUCCGUGGAGAUCCUGGCACCCGAGGACACUCAGGCGCUGCAGCAAGCCACAAGGCAGGAACCCCAGGGCCAGGAGCACCAGGGCGGUGAGACGCACCUGGCAGAGAACACCCUCUACCGGCUGUGCCCACAGCCCAGCAAGGGUGAGGAGCUGCCCACCUAUGAAGAAGCGAAAGCCCACUCGCAGUACUAUGCGGCCCAGCAGGUGGGGCCCCGGCCACAUGUCGGAGACCGGGAUCCCCGAGGGGCCCCAGGAGGCAAUCGGAGUCAGGAUGAGGCCCUGCGGGAGCUGAGGCAUGGGCAUGUGCGCUCCCUGAGUGAACGGCUCCUGCAGCUGUCCCUGGAGAGGAACGGUGCCCGGGCCCCCAGCCACAUGAGCUCCUCCCACAGCUUCCCGCAGCUGGCCCGCAAUCAGCAGGGCCCUGCAUCCAGGGGCCCCCCCAUCGAGGGCCCAGAGCCCCGUGGACCUCCGCCUCAGUACCCACACGUUAUGCUAGCUCAUGAGACCGCCACUGCUGUCACCGACCCACGGUACCGCACCCGCGGGAGCCCACACUUCCAGCAUGCCGAAGUCAGGAUUCUGCAGGCCCAGGUGCCCGCUGUGUUCCUCCAGCAGCAACAGCAGUACCAGUACUUACAGCAGUCCCAGGAGCACCCCCUGCUGCCACACCCAGCUGCUCUCGGCCAUGGCCCCCUAGGCUCUCUCAGUCCACCGGAGGUGGAGGGGCCAGCAAACACCCAGGCCUCCUCUGCCACCUCGGGCAGUGCCCACCUGGCCCAGAUGGAGACUGUGCUAAGGGAGAAUGCCAAGCUGCAGAGGGACAAUGAGAGGCUGCAGAGGGAGCUGGAGAGCUCAGCAGAGAAGGCCGGCCGCAUAGAGAAGCUGGAAAGUGAAAUCCAGCGGCUCUCUGAGGCCCACGAGAGCCUGACGAGAGCGUCUUCCAAGCGGGAGGCCCUGGAGAAGACAAUGCGGAACAAAAUGGACAGUGAGAUGAGGAGGCUGCAGGACUUCAACAGGGAUCUUAGAGAGAGAUUGGAAUCUGCAAACCGCCGUCUGGCAACCAAGACCCAGGAGGCCCAGGCAGGAAGUCAGGACAUGGUGGCCAAGCUGCUGGCUCAGAGCUACGAGCAGCAGCAGGAGCAGGAGAAGCUGGAGCGGGAGAUGGCCCUGCUGCGCGGCGCCAUUGAGGACCAGCGGCGGCGCGCAGAGCUGCUGGAGCAGGCUCUGAGCAACGCGCAGGGCCGGGCCGCGCGAGCCGAGGAGGAGCUGCGCAAGAAGCAGGCCUACGUGGAGAAGGUGGAGCGGCUGCAGCAAGCCCUGGGACAGCUGCAGGCUGCCUGUGAGAAGCGGGAGCUGCUGGAGCUCCGUCUGCGGACGCGCCUAGAGCAGGAACUCAAGGCCCUGCGUGCACAGCAGCGACAGGCAGGCACCCCCCCUGGUGCCGGUGGCAACAGUGGAUCCCCAGAGCUCAGCGCCCUGCGGCUGUCAGAGCAACUGCGGGAGAAGGAGGAGCAAAUCCUGGCGCUAGAGGCGGAUAUGACCAAGUGGGAGCAGAAGUAUUUGGAGGAGCGUGCCAUGAGGCAGUUUGCCAUGGACGCAGCCGCCACGGCCGCCGCCCAGCGCGACACCACUCUCAUCCGACACUCCCCCCAGCCCUCGCCCAGCAGCAGCUUCAACGAGGGCCUGCUCACUGGUGGCCACAGGCAGCAGGAGAUGGAAAGCAGGUUGAAGGUGCUCCAUGCCCAGAUCCUGGAGAAGGAUGCAGUGAUCAAGGUCCUUCAGCAGCGCUCCAGGAAAGACCCGGGCAAGGCCAUCCAGGGCUCCCUGAGGCCUGCCAAGUCUGUGCCAUCUGUCUUCGUGGCUGCCGCGGCAGGGACCCAGAGCUGGCAAGCUCUUUCCUCUAGUGAGCGACAAGUGGAUGCGCCUGCCCGGCUGGCAACAGUGGACCGGGCCCCUGAGGAGGAGCCAGUGGCUGCAGCUCCCCUCCCUGCUCAUGCCAAACACGGGAGCAGAGACGGGAGCACCCAGACCGACGGUCCCCCGGACAGUACUGCCGUUUGCCUGGGACUGGAUCCCGACAGCCUCCUGGGGUACAGCGGGGGCCAGAGGACAGCCUCACUGGACUCUGUUGCUACAUCCAGAGUCCAGGACUUGUCGGACAUGGUGGAGAUACUGAUCUGAAGGAGGUAGCACUCGGGGACACCGAACCAUUCCCUGUCUCCUCUGCCCUCUGCCACUCUCGGCCAUUCCAGCAGCCCCUCCAACUGCUGCUGCCCUGCUUUCCCCAACCAGGCACUCAUUCCCAUUGACUGUCUGGUGCCCGGGGCUUAAGAAGGAUGCUGCAGGGGUGAGGGGAGCUGUGAGAACACCUGCAUGCUGAAGACCCUGCUUCUCAGCCCCACUGGAAACCCAGAAGGGAGCUGAGCCCUCUCUGGCCCCCCAGCUGGCACUCAGGCAGGGAGGGAGGGGAUAUAUGGGUUUAGGAGAACGAUUUACCAAGAUGGCUGCCCACGGACACCAGGUGGGCUGGUUCAGUACAGAGUCGGCCGUGCUGUUCCCCUGUGGCUAAGUGUGGUCCCAGCCCACCUCAUCUGCUCCUCAGCAACUCAGCAGCUCACUGCCUCCUUGAGAUCACUGAGACUUGCAUCUCCGGGGAACUGUUGAGGGUGUUAGCCCUGCAGAAGCCACAGCCUUGCCCCCUCACUUGGAGUGGGUAGGGGCCGUUUGAGUGGACUGAGAUAAGCUGUGCAGUUUGUAUAUAACCCCUUUCUUGUGGAACAGAAGAUUGAAGCAUGCCGCUUCAGAUUUAUGCCCUCUCUGUUCCCCUGUCCCUGCCACCACGGUUCCUGUAACGGCUGACUAGCCUCCCAGCUCUCUCCCACUCUCAAGUUCUUGGCCCAUGGAUUUUGAUGCUGGUUGAUCCACAUGACGCUGGCUGUCUUUUCCUCCACCGUGAGUCUUGUUUUAAAUGCCCGUGGGACCCCUAUCACCAGCCUCUUGAAAUGGCUCCACAGCUCCUGUCCCUGGGACAUUCUGUCAGUUUGGUUAUGAACCCUGAGCCAGACGAAAUGAGCCGCCACACACAGACAUCUGCCAUGGAGGGCUUCCCAGCACCAAUUCUCUUGAGGGAAACUGGAGAAGUUGCCUUGUUCCCAUCAGAGUCUUUAUUCCUACCUGGAGGGAUUGGGAGAGGGAGCUCUGCUGGUGAAAACUGGUCAGUGAGCAACCAGGUGUGACUCAAAUCAUCCUCUGAAUGGAGUGCCCACGACAAAAUGGCACCCAUGAGGCUGGCUGCUCAUCCUGAAGCAGGGCCAGUGCAUUGGAAUUAGAGCAAAGCAUCCCGUGACAGCCUGCCAGCAGCAGUGACUUUGACUUCUGGUCUUAGAGAGUCCCCCAGCUCAGCCCCAGGACCGAUUGGUGGGUUUUAGUAGUUUGUCUUGACUGUUUUUAGUUCUCCUUGAAUCUUUGUUUUUGCCUUUACUGUUUUUAGGUUCGGUAUGUGUUCUUUUAUUCCCAUGAUUCCUCAAGUUUCCUUUUUAAACAUUUGCAUUUGCUGGACAAUUGCAUAUUUUUUUAAAAUCCCCCCACCCUUCUUUAAAGCUGAAAAAUACAUUGGUUCAUGUGCAUUGUUUACAAAGCAAAAAGAAAAAAGAGGGAAAAAAAAGGCAAAAAAAUAUUGUGAAAGGAAAAAAACAACUUAAUAUAUUUUGGAUUAAUAUUUGGUAUUUCUUUUAAAGUAUUUUUUGUGCUGUGAACGUUUUCUGCCAAAGACCAUGAUGUGUGUCUGUAUGUUUAAGUUAUCGUAAAUAUUUAAAAUGUAAACAUGGCUGUUUUGUUAUGCCACCCUGUACCAGGACUGCUGCUGCAUUCCACUGGGUAUAACAGUAUUUUAAUAAAAAAAAUAAUAAUUAAAA